GCUCUCGCGGGAGAAUGCCUGGCCAUGUCCAGUCCUCAUAUACGAGCGAGGAAGAUUGCUGCUGCUGCCGCCGUUGCUCAUCGGUCGUCAGCCGCCAACUCGGCAUCCAGUCGUCCGACCGCUUCUGCGGCGCCCGAGUCGUUUCGAUACCUUACAUCGAAGACCAAAAGUGGGAAUCUAAUCUUUUCCGACAAAACCCGACUGAAGAAGGAAAACCCAGAACUGAUCGAAAUGUAUGACCAGAGUACUUCGUCGACGGGACCAAAAUCCCCGAUGUGAACUUCGACAUUGUAAGAAAGCAAAGGGCUUUCCUAAUUCUGUUCCGAAUGUUCGAAACCCUUUCCUCUCCACUAACGAUCUCUUUUUGUCUCCCUCCCAGGGCGAAUCCUACGCCGGUCUCCUCCCCGCCGCCGCCAACACAACCUCCCUACGCAACAGCCUCUACUUCUGGUUCUUCCCCUCCUCCUCCUCCUCCAAUCCACUCGCCUCGAACGAGCUCGUCAUCUGGCUCAACGGCGGCCCGGGCUGUUCCUCCCUCGAGGGACUCAUCCAAGAGAACGGUCCUUUCCUCUGGCAAAGCGGGACCUACGCUCCGCAGAGGAAUCCCUUUUCCUGGACGAAUCUGACCAAUGUCGUCUACGUGGAUCAGCCGAUCGGCACGGGGUUCAGUCCCGCAGCGGAGGGCGAGCCGGGGAGGAUCGUGGAUGAGGAGAGGGUCGCGAGGGAUUUCGGGGUGUUUUGGCGGAAUUUUGUGGGGGCAUUUGGGAUGCAGGGGCGGAAGAUUUACUUGACCGGAGAGAGUUUCGCGGGACAAUAUAUCCCGUAUAUUGCAAAGUACAUGCUCGAUGCAAAUGACACGGAGCAUUUCAAUCUGAAGGGCAUCUUGAUCAACGAUCCGGCUUUCAACGAGGAUGAUGUCCUCUUCCAGGCUCCCGCGGUCGCUCACCUCAACGCUUACGCCAACAUCUUCAAUCUCAACGCCACCUUCACCGCCUCCGUCAACGCCCGCGCCGACUCCUGCGGCUAUACCCCCUGGCUCGAGCGAGCCCUCCGAUAUCCCCCGCAAGGCCACAUCCCCAGCGCUCCCUCCAGCAGUGUCCCCGGCUGCGACGUGUACACCGACAUCGUCAACGCCGCUCUCCUGGUCAACCCCUGUUUCAACGUCGACCACCUCACCGAUUUCUGCCCCUAUCUCUGGGACAUCCUCGGAUUCCCCUCGCUGGGCGCCGGUCCGGAUGACUACUUCGCGCGGGCCGACGUCCAGAAAGCGAUCAACGCACCGCGCACGCCGGACUGGGCGGUCUGCGGGAAUCCCACCCUGGGGCUGAAUUUCCAAGAUCAUUCCCCCCCGGCCGGUUUGCCAAGCGGUCCUCUGGGGGCCGUCAUCGAGAGGACGGGAAACGUCGUCGUGGCGCACGGGAGCCUGGAUUACCUGCUCCUGAUCAACGGCACGCUCGCCACGAUUCAGAAUCUGACCUGGCAUGGUCGGCAGGGCUUUCACGUGGCCCCUUCCUCAUGGGAGGAAUUCUACGUCCCGUACGGGAGGAAUCUCGCAUAUGCCAUCGAUGCGUUGACCCAUCAGUCCGUUCCGGAGAAAUCUCUCGGCCUGGUCGGCGGAGCGGGGGUCAUGGGGAGGACCCACUCGGAGCGCGGAUUGACGUUCGUCGAGGUGUGGAACUCGGGACAUGAGUUGGCGCAGUACAAUCCCGCUGCGGCGUUUCGAUUGUUGGAAUUCCUACUCGGCAGGGUGGAAAGGUUGGAUGUGAAAGGGGGUGGAUUCUCGACAGAGAGGGAAGCGAGAUGAUACCUUUCCUGUUUCAACUCGGACUCUCCGAGUCUGCGGUCUCCGCCUGGGGAAUCUUUGUCAACGCCAUCCCUACUUCUGAUGAGACGAUUGGCAGAGGUACGGGACGCGAAGAUCUUCUUCGCGAAACUCACAACCAGCAUCUUCUCCAACAGCUCGUGCUCUGCAGUAGAUUUCUAGCCCUGCACAGAAGGCCUGCGUUCCCACGAUGAAGAAUUAUUGGGCCAUGUCG